AUGGACUGGGGCUGUGGACCAGCUCUCCCAUCCAACUUCAACCCACCCUAUGAGGUCGUCUCAGGUGGACCUUCUCAGAGUUUUGGGCCCAGGAGAGCGCUAUCGGCAGGGGGCGUCGAAGCGCCUCGAACCACUCGGCACUGCGAGUGCCACCCGCGCGCCACCCCGCUCCCUCCGCAGUCAAGCGCCGAUUGGUUUCGCCUGUUCUCUGCCCAGCGGCAGCUUUGGCACGUCCGCGGUCAGGGGCUCUUGAGCGAUCACGUGGGCGCGGCAGGAGUUGCGGGUGGGAGAGAAGCACGAGGCGGGGCCGGGCCUUCCUUACUGGCCCGUCGCGCGAGCUAUAACUGGCCGCACGGAACACCCCCGGUGGGCAGCAUCCUUUCCGCCUUCUCCGCCCCUAUGAUGAGACGGUUGGUCCUCCUGCUGCUGUGGACGAUGACAGGACUCCUGCUGAUGCUACCUCCUGGGGAAAGCACCACUGCGCCCCAGUGUGAAAUGUACGCUUCGUUGCCUGGAUGCCCAAGAAACUUUAAUCCAGUUUGUGGGACUGAUGGAAAAACAUAUGCAAAUGAGUGUUCGCUUUGUGAGUCAAACAGAGAACAGCAGCUUAAUAUCCAAAUUUCCGAAAAGAGUUCAUGCUCAUGAGACUAGCUUCAAGGAAUAGAGUACAUAGCUUGCCUGCGGAGAAGUGGAAACCAAACUUUAAAUGCAUUUUCCAAAUAGCUAGAACUGAAACAAGUCCUUUUGCUCUUGCCCCAACUUCUGAAUUUGACGAAUACAGCUGUUUUACUGCAAGACGAGGUGUGUGGCUUAAUAUGGCUUGCUCACUGUGUAUACUGGGUCUUUAUUGCUUUGGAGUAUAAGCAUAAACUACAGAUUUAGAAACUCUCA